UACAGCUCUGAAGGAUGGCUGAUGAGCGGAAAGACGAUGGAAAGGCGCCACACUGGAUGUCAGCCCCACUGACAGAGGCAGCUGCACACCCUCACCCUCCAGAAAUGAAGGACCAAGGCGGGGCAGGGGAAGGGCUGAGCCGCAGCGCCAAUGGAUUUCCAUACAGAGAGGAGGAGGAGGGAGCCUUCGGGGAGCAUGGGUCGCAGGGCUCCUACUCGGAUACCAAAGAGAAUGGGAUCAAUGGAGAGCUGACCUCGGCUGACAGAGAAACAGCAGAGGAGGUGUCUGCAAGGAUAGUCCAAGUAGUCACGGCUGAAGCUGUCGCAGUCCUGAAAGGGGAACAAGAGAAGGAAGCCCAACAUAAAGACCAGCCUGCAGCUCUGCCUUUAGCAGCUGAAGAAGCAGCUCAUCUGCCACCUUCCCCACCACCGUCUCCAGCCUCGGAACAAACAGUGCCAGUGGAGGAAGAUUUACUUUCAGCCUCGAAGAUGGAAUUCCCUGAGCAGCAGAAAUUGACUUCUCUCGCUGAGCCUUUAGACAAGGGAGAAAAGAAGAUGGAAAUGCAAAGUAAGCCUGGUGAAGAUUUUGAACAUGCUGCCUUAGUUCCUCAGCCAGAGACAACUAAAACUCCCCAGGAUAAAAAGGAUCUCCAGGGCACUGAAGGGGAAAAGUCACCACCCAUUCCAUUUGGGCACACUUUUGGUACCAACCUGGAAGACAUAAAACAGAAUACAGAACCAAGCAUAACAGUACCUAGCAUUGGCCUCUCUGCAGAGCCUCUAGCUCCAAAAGAGCAGAAAGACUGGUUCAUCGAAAUGCCCAUGGAACCAAAGAAAGAUGAAUGGGGCUUAGCUGCCCCAACAUCUCCUGGCCCCCUGACACCCAUGAGGGAAAAAGAUGUGCUGGAGGAUAUCCCAAGAUGGGAAGGGAAGCAGUUUGAUUCUCCCAUGCCAAGUCCCUUUCAUGGUGGAAGCUUCACUCUUCCAUUAGAUGCUGUAAAGGAUGAAAGAAUCACAGAAGUACCACGACCCUUGGCUCCUGUCUUUUUCCAACCAGAUGACAAAACAUCUCUGCAUGACACCAGUAGCCUAGCUACUGCCGAAGAUAGUUCUAGAGAUGAGGAGCCACAGAAAGAUAAAGCAGACAACAUGGCAGAUGCCCCAGUCUCAGAAGAUGCCACCUUACCCAAAGAUACUCAUAGUCCAGUUAUGGAAGGCUAUAUUGGAGAAGGUGUUUCAGGGGAAGGAAAGAGUGCCACAAAUCAAGAGAAAAAGGAAACUUCAACCCCCGGCGGACAGGAACCUACACUCACUGAAAAUGAACCACAGACAAAGCUUGAAGAGAAAUUAGUGGUUCCCAUGGAAGAAGCUGUGGCAAAAGAACGUGAACCCCCCAAACUGAGAGAUGAUGAAACAGCUGUAAUUCAGACCUCCACUGAGCACUCUUUCUCCAAAGAAGAACAAAAAGGCCAGGAACGGGUAGCAGAUGAGCUAAAACAGGACUCCUUCAUUGUAAGUCUAGAACAGGCACUUUCAUAUCCAGCCAUGACCUCUGAGACCUUGGAAAAAGUUACAUCUGAGUCAGAGGCCGUAGGUGAAAUGAGAGAGACCCAGGGACUUUUUGGGGAGAAUGUAGCUGUCAAAGACAAAUUUGAAGGAGUUGGGUCUGCAACAAUAGCUGAGGUUGGAAUGCCAUUUUAUGAAGAUAAGUCAGGGAUGUCCAAGUACUUUGAAACAUCUGCAUUGAAGGAAGAGGUGACAAAAAGCAGUGAUUACUAUGAACUGAGUGACACGAGAGGACGUGCCCAGGAAUCUCUUGACACUGUGUCUCCCAAGCACCAACACGGUGAAAAGGAACUUGAGACGAAAGAAUCCCAGCCCAGUGCUCCAGCACAGGAUAUAGGCUACAGCACUCUUGCCCAGAGUUACCCAUCUGAUGAGUUACUCGAAGAACCAAGUUCUCCUCAAGAAAGAAUGUUCACUAUUGACCCCAAAGUUUAUGGGGAGAAAAGGGACCUCCACAGUAAGAACAAGGAUGAUUUGACACUUAGUCGAAGUUUAGGGCUUGGUGGUAGGUCUGCAAUAGAGCAAAGAAGCAUGUCCAUCAACUUGCCUAUGUCUUGUCUCGAUUCCAUUGCCCUUGGAUUUAACUUCGGCCGGGGCCAUGAUCUUUCCCCUCUGGCUUCUGAUAUUCUAACUAACACUAGUGGAAGCAUGGAUGAAGGAGAUGAUUAUCUUCCUCCCACCACACCUGCAGUGGAGAAAGUCCCUUGCUUCCCAAUAGAGAGCAAAGAGGAAGAGGAGAAGGCAGAGGGAGCGAAAGUGACGGGAGCACAAACUGUUCAAAUUGAGACAUCCUCUGAGUCACCCUUCCCAGCCAAAGAAUAUUACAAAAAUGGUACCGUCAUGGCCCCUGACCUGCCUGAGAUGCUAGAUCUGGCAGGAACCAGGUCCAGAUUAGCUUCUGUGAGUGCAGAGGCUGAGGUUGCCAGGAGAAAAUCAGUCCCUUCCGAGGCUGUGGCUGCAGAAAGUAGUACCGGUUUGCCACCUGUUGCUGAUGAAAACCAAGUUGCUGCAAAACCAGACAGUCAACUUGAAGACAUGGGAUACUGUGUGUUCAAUAAAUAUACAGUCCCUCUCCCAUCGCCAGUUCAAGACAGUGAGAAUUUGUCAGGAGAGAGUGGUUCGUUUUAUGAAGGAACCGACGACAAAGUCCGCAGAGAUUUGGCGACAGACCUUUCACUGAUUGAAGUAAAACUUGCAGCUGCUGGAAGAGUCAAAGAUGAGUUCACUGCAGAGAAUGAGCCAUCCACACCCACUUCUGCUGACAAAUCAGGACUGAGUAGGGAGCUUGACCAUGACAGGAAAGCUAAUGACAAACUGGAUACGGUCCUCGAAAAGAGUGAAGAGCAUGUUGAAUCAAAGGAGCAUGCCAAGGAGACCGAAGAGGCCAGUGAGAAGGUGGAGCUCUUCGGAUUAGGUGUAACCUAUGAGCAAGUCUCCACCAAAGAACUGACAACAGCUAAGGAUACAUCCCCUGAGAAAGCAGCAAAAGGUCUCAGUUCGGUGCCUGAGGUAGCUGAGGUGGAGCCAACCACAAAAGCCGACCAAGGGCUCGAUUUUGCUGCAAAGAAAGCUGAGCCCAGUCAGUUAGAUAUAAAAGUCAGUGACUAUGGACAGAUGGCUUCAGGGAUGAAUGUAGACGCUGGGAAGGCCACAGAACUCAAGUUCGAGGUUUCUCCAGAGCUGGCCCUCUCGUCCAAAGGUCCUCAAGAAGAGGAUUCAUUCAUGGUUGCUGAGUCUGGCCACAUGAAAGAAGGUGCCAAAGUCAGUGAAACAGAAGUCAAAGAGAAGGUGGCAAAGCCUGACCUGGUACAUCAGGAGGCUGUAGACAAGGAAGAGUCCUAUGAGUCUAGUGGUGAACAUGAGAGCCUCACCAUGGAUUCACUGAAGCCGGAUGAGGGCAAGAAGGAAACCUCUCCAGAGUCAUCUCUGAUUCAAGACGAAGUUGCCCUCAAACUGUCUGUGGAAAUCCCUUGCCCACCCCCUGUUUCAGAGGCUGACUUAUCCACUGAUGAGAAAGCUGAGGUCCAAAUGGAAUUUAUUCAGCUGCCAAAGGAAGAAAGCACAGAGACUCCAGAUAUACCUGCCAUACCUUCCGAUGUCACCCAGCCACAGCCUGAAGCAAUUGUGUCUGAACCAGCAGAGGUCCCAAGUGAGGAAGAGAUCGAAGCUGGAGGAGAAUAUGACAAACUGCUCUUCCGCUCAGACACCCUUCAGAUUACUGACCUGGUUGUCCCCGGAAGUAGGGAGGAGUUUGUGGAGACCUGCCCAGGUGAGCACAAAGGUGUGAUUGAGUCUGUGGUGACCAUCGAGGAUGAUUUCAUCACCGUAGUGCAAACCACGACCGAUGAAGGGGAGUCAGGGUCCCAUAGUGUGCGCUUUGCAGCUCUAGCUCAGCCUGAGGAGGAAAGGAGACCAUGCCCCCAUGAUGAAGAGCUUGAAGUAGAGAUGGCAGCAGAAGCCCAGGCAGAACCCAAGGAUGGCUCUCCAGAUGCCCCAGCUACCCCUGAGAGAGAAGAGGUUGCAUUCUCAGAAUAUAAAACAGAAACCUACGACGAUUACAAAGACGAGACCACCAUUGAUGACUCCAUCAUGGAUGCUGACAGCCUGUGGGUGGACACUCAAGAUGAUGAUAGAAGCAUCAUGACAGAACAGUUAGAAACUAUUCCUAAAGAGGAGAAAGCUGAGAAGGAAGCUCGGAGGCCAUCUCUCGAGAAACAUAGAAAAGAAAAACCCUUUAAAACCGGGAGAGGCAGAAUUUCCACUCCUGAAAGAAAAGUAGCUAAAAAGGAACCUAGCACGGUCUCCAGGGAUGAAGUGAGAAGGAAAAAAGCAGUUUAUAAGAAGGCUGAACUUGCUAAAAAAACAGAAGUUCAGGCCCACUCUCCUUCCAGGAAAUUCAUUUUAAAACCUGCUAUCAAAUACACUAGACCAACUCAUCUCUCCUGUGUUAAGCGGAAAACCACAGCAGCAGGUGGUGAAUCAGCUCAGGCUCCCAGUGCACUUAAACAGGCGAAGGACAAAGUCACUGAUGGAGUAACCAAGAGCCCAGAAAAACGUUCUUCCCUCCCAAGGCCAUCCUCCAUCCUCCCUCCUCGCAGGGGCGUAUCAGGAGACAGGGAGGAGAACUCAUUCUCUCUGAACAGCUCCAUCUCUUCAGCACGACGGACCACCAGGUCAGAGCCUAUUCGCAGAGCAGGAAAGAGUGGCACCUCAACCCCUACCACCCCUGGAUCUACUGCAAUCACGCCUGGAACUCCCCCAAGCUACUCGUCACGUACCCCAGGCACUCCUGGAACCCCCAGCUAUCCCAGGACCCCUCAUACACCAGGAACCCCAAAAUCUGCCAUCUUGGUGCCCAGUGAGAAGAAGGUCGCCAUCAUCCGCACUCCUCCAAAGUCCCCAGCUACUCCCAAGCAGCUUCGGCUUAUUAACCAACCACUGCCAGACCUGAAGAAUGUCAAAUCCAAAAUUGGAUCAACUGACAACAUCAAAUACCAGCCUAAAGGGGGUCAGGUUAGGAUUUUAAGCAAGAAGAUCGAUUUUAGCAAAGUUCAGUCAAGAUGUGGUUCCAAGGAUAACAUCAAACAUUCUGCUGGGGGUGGAAAUGUACAAAUUGUUACUAAGAAGAUAGACUUAAGCCAUGUGACAUCCAAAUGUGGCUCUCUGAAGAACAUCCGUCACAGGCCAGGUGGUGGACGUGUGAAAAUUGAGAGUGUAAAACUGGAUUUCAAGGAAAAGGCCCAAGCUAAAGUCGGUUCACUUGACAAUGCUCACCACGUACCUGGAGGUGGUAAUGUGAAGAUUGACAGCCAAAAGUUGAACUUCAGGGAGCAUGCAAAGGCCCGUGUAGACCAUGGGGCUGAGAUCAUCACACAGUCCCCAAGCAGGUCGAGCGUGGCAUCGCCCCGACGACUCAGCAAUGUCUCCUCUUCUGGAAGCAUCAACCUGCUCGAAUCCCCUCAGCUUGCCACUUUGGCUGAGGAUGUCACUGCCGCGCUUGCUAAGCAGGGCUUGUGAAUACUUCUCCUUUAGCACUGGAGUAAUAUUUAGGCAUGAGCUCUUGGCAAGAGUGGGCUCUGAGCAGGUGUCAUAUUCAUUCUUUACAAACCAUAGAUAAAUAAUCUCACCCCCAAACUGUAGUAAUUGUUACAAUUUUAUAUAAAAAAAUGAAUAGUAUAUGCAGAAAAUGACCUGAUUUCCAUCCUCAACAGGAACACAUGGCUUUACAUGGAUACAAUUGGACAAUUAUUUUCGCUCUGCUCUGUUUUGCAUGGAGUACUAUUAUUAUUUUUAAAAUUGCAUU